UAGGGUCUGUGGGGUCGGUUUGUGUAUACGCGUGUGUGAUGGUUCUGGGCACGCAGCUGCUGAAAGCGUAAAUGGACUUUAACAGCAGUGCCCGUUUGUGAAUGCUGUUAGGCCAAACGUGAGUGAAGAGAAGGUAGUUCUGGGACAGAAGUUGGGAUUAGGAGCGGUAGAAUAAGAUAAAGAGUGGAAAGCUGUAUUUCUGUAGAAAUCUUUAAAGAGGGCAAGCCUUUCCAGGCUGUGAAACAGACUUCAGGCAAAACAAGCAGACUCGAGUUUUUGUCAAUUAGUGCACUUCAAUUAGACGCAGAGAUUUUCUGUGUGUUUUAGGGAGUGUCUCUUUACCAGCAGCACACCCACAUAUUAUGCCUCCUCACAUCUCAGGUAAUCCUGUCUUCAUUAAUACGCGUGUUGAGUUUGUAAACACAGCAAAUCCUGCUGUUAGGCUUGUAGGUGGCUCUGUUGGCUCUGUCUCUGUAGGAAUACACCAGCAAAACCAGUGAGCUGUGGGGAAGGUGAUGUAAUGCAGAGAACGCGUCAGGUUUCGGCCUGGAAUUUGUACGUGUUCAACCCCUGGGCUAAAAGUCAUUCAGAACCAUACUUUUGUUUGUUUAAAGAUGAUCUCAGAUUGCAAAGGAAUGUGGGUUUUGAUAACAUUCGUACAAAUUAUUCUCUCAACAGUUUCCAUAUGCAUGGAUGUCACCUGAUUCUUCUUACAAGAGUUUAAAUCGUGUGUAAACCUACCUUAAACAUGAGUGGCUCCAAACCUGAUAUUCUGUGGGCCCCACACCACGUUGACAGAUUUGUUGUGUGCGAUUCAGAAUUGAGCCUUUAUCACAUUGACUCUGCUGUAAGUUCAGAACUCAAGGCGGGGUCCUUGCGCUUAUCGGAAGAAACGACAGCUACGCUGUUGUCUAUAAAUUCAGAUACACCAUAUAUGAAAUGUGUGGCUUGGUAUCCAAAGUACGAUCCCGAAUGCCUCCUUGCUGUUGGACAGGCCAAUGGUCGAGUGGUUCUUACUAGCCUCGGUCAAGAUCACAACUCAAAAUGUAAAGAUUUGAUAGGUAAAGAGUUUGUUCCCAAACACGCACGGCAAUGCAACACCCUCGCGUGGAACCCACUGGAUAGUAAUUGGCUUGCUGCCGGGUUAGAUAAACAUCGGGCUGACUUCUCAGUGCUGAUCUGGGAUAUCAGUAGCAAAUAUGCCCCAGAGACUGCAGUUGCUACAGAGAAAGUAAGACUUUCAUCAGGAGAUGCAGAAGCAGGACUGGUAGUAACAAAGCCACUAUAUGAAUUAGGUCAGAACGAUGCUUGCCUCUCUCUUUGUUGGCUUCCACGGGAUCAGAAGCUGCUUUUAGCUGGAAUGCAUCGAAAUCUGGCUAUUUUUGAUCUGAGAAACACAAGCCAAAAAAUAUUUGUAAACACCAAGGCUGUCCAGGGAGUGACUGUCGAUCCCUAUUUCCACGAUCGUGUAGCUUCCUUCUAUGAAGGUCAGGUUGCCAUAUGGGAUUUAAGAAAGUUUGAAAAGCCUGUUUUGACCUUGACAGAGCAGCCAAAACCCUUAACAAAAGUUGCAUGGUGUCCAACAAGAACGGGACUGCUAGCUACUUUAACAAGGGAUAGUAAUAUCAUUAGACUGUAUGACAUGCAGCAUACUCCCACCCCUAUUGGAGAUGAAACUGAGCCAACAAUAAUUGAAAGAAGUGUCCAGCCAUGUGAAAACUACAUUGCUUCAUUUGCCUGGCAUCCCACAAGUCAAAAUCGAAUGGUAGUAGUGACUCCCAACAGGACUAUGUCUGACUUCACAGUUUUUGAAAGAAUUUCUCUUGCAUGGAGUCCGGUGACCUCCUUAAUGUGGGCUUGUGGACGACAUUUAUAUGAGUGUACAGAAGAAGGAAAGGCUAGUUCCUUGGAAAAAGACAUAGCAACCAAAAUGCGGCUCAGAGCUCUGUCAAGGUAUGGUCUUGAUACUGAGCAAGUUUGGAGAAAUCACCUCCUAGCUGGAAAUGAAGAUCCUCAGCUGAAAUCACUUUGGUACACUCUGCAUUUUAUGAAGCAGUAUACUGAAGAUAUGGAUCAAAAACUUUCAGGAAACAAAGGUCCCUUAGUUUAUGCUGGCAUUAAAUCGAUUGUGAAGUCAUCUUUGGGAACAACAGAGAACCUCAGGCACAGCAGGAGUGGAUCUGAUAGACAGGCAGAUAUUAUUCAGUAUCUGAGUGAGGAGAGAUCCUUGGCUUUGCAGCUUUGUGGGUGGAUAAAGAAGGGAACAGACUUAGAUGUGGAACCUUUUCUAAAUUCAUUGGAACAGGAAGGAGACUGGGAGCGAGCUGCUGCUGUAGCACUUUUCAACUUGGACAUACGGCGAGCAAUACAAAUUCUAAAUAAAGGAGCUUCCUCGGGAAAAGGUGAUUUGAACCUUAAUGUAGUGGCAAUGGCUCUAUCAGGCUACACAGAUGAGAAGAACUCACUUUGGAGAGAAAUGUGCAGUACUUUAAGACUGCAGCUGAACAAUCCCUACUUGUGUGCUAUGUUUGCUUUCCUGACAAGUGAGUCUGGUUCCUAUGAUGGUGUUUUGUAUGAAAAUAACGUAGCUGUACGAGACAGAGUGGCAUUUGCUUGCAAGUUCCUCAAUGAUGCUCAGCUGAACAGGUUUAUUGAAAAGCUGACGAAUGAAAUGAAAGAUGCUGGGAAUUUGGAGGGAAUACUGUUAACAGGGCUGACAAAAGAUGGAGUUGACUUGAUGGAAAGUUACGUUGACAGAACUGGCGAUGUCCAAACAGCAAGCUAUUGCAUGCUACAGGUGUUUGUGAGUUGCAAUUUCUGUGGAAAAUCAAUCUCUUACAGCUGUUCAGCUAUUCCUCACCAGGGACGAGGUUUCAGCCAAUACGGAGUUAGUGGUUCACCAACAAAGUCAAAAGUUACAAGCUGUCCUGGUUGCCGUAAACCCCUUCCUCGCUGUGCACUUUGCUUGAUAAAUAUGGGAACACCAGUUUCAAGCUGUCCAGGAGGAUCCAAGUCAGAUGAAAAAGUGGAUCUCAGCAAAGACAAGAAAUUAGCCCAGUUCAACAACUGGUUUACUUGGUGUCACAACUGUAGGCACGGUGGACAUGCUGGGCACAUGCUUAGCUGGUUCAGGGACCAUACCGAGUGCCCGGUUUCUGCCUGCUCUUGUAAGUGUAUGCAGCUGGAUACAACAGGGAAUCUCAUUCCAGCAGAGACUGUCCAGGCAUAAAUAUUGCUUGAAAAUGUGAGGCUUUCUUGUGGAUCUCCAUCAUAGCCCAAGCAUAUAUUUUAUGACAAAGGUCACUUACUGACUGUGAAAAAAUAAAUUGCUAUCAGGUUGGUAAAAUGCUGUGUGUAUGACUGUGCUUGGUAGAGACAGGUAUUCCUGAAAUGAGCUUCUGGGUGUAGUACGUGGUCCUUGUUCAGAGGAUUGAAGCAGUCCAGUUCAAAAGCACUCCUGGAAUUGUGGACUCUUUGGAUUUCCUGAAAUCCAAAGAACUUUUAAUAAAAAGAUUUUCAGAGUAGUGCCGUUCGGCCCUUGUGGGUUUUUUCCCAAACAGAACAGUGUUUAUACGCUGUGAAAGUGGGCCUUCAAAAUAAACACCUCAAAAGUGUUCUUCAGAAGAUGCAAAGUGACUCUUCAUUGUUUGAUCACACUUUCUUAUAUGCAAAUGAUAGUUUCCUUGAAAGUUCUUUCAAAGUGCCACUGUUAAUUGUAUUCUAAAGAUUUAUUUUAAAGAUAAAUCAAUUUCUUUCUGCUCCCACGUUUUGUUAAUAGUAAAGCAGCAUGUUUGCAGUUCAAGGUCUUAUUUAAUUUACCUACAUACCUAGCUGAUGUGAAUUUUAAUGCUAAAGAAUUGGGGGUUUGUCUCCUAGUGAUGUCUGUCCUAGAGAAGAGUUCACUGAAAAGUCAUAUGUCUGUUUCAGUGCAGAGUGCAGGUAAACUAUGGGAGGUUUCAUUUGAUUAAUUUUUAAUGUAGUACUGUGAAGAUCUGAAAUCUCAAGGACUGGAAACUUGUAAAUAUUUAAGUUUUAAACUACAUGCUGAAUUUUGCCUACAGACAUAUUUAAGGACUUUUGAAUAGUCAGCAUUUCCCGGUACUUCUGAAAUACGCUGGGAAGUGUGAAAUGAACCUAUAUAAAUCCUGCUUCUGGUCACUAGCAGACACCAAUCUGCUCCCUAAAGGCUGCACAAUUUUAGGUCAUUGAACCGAAGUAGUUCUAGAUGUUACCAGCUGGAAUUAGGGUUAUUUAUUAACUUGAGAGGCAAUGCUAUUUUGCUAAUACUGUGCUAGGAGCUGAUCGGUAUUGUUGUCCUUGAUUUUACAGGCAACAAAAUUCACGCAAAUUAGGGAAAAAAACCUGUUUUAAGGUAUGUGAUAAUAACAUCAGUUUACAUGGUGUGUGUUUAUUUACUGGUAGAAACAGUAUAUGAGUUACUUAACACUUGCGUGCUAUGAAAUAUUAAAUGGAAUGCUAGCAAUAAACUGGUACUGUAUUGCCAGGACUGUGAAAAUGGGUGUUUUAAAAGAGAAUAUAUUGUAAUACACCACUAGUUUGAAGUGCUCUAGUGUAGUUGCCACAAGAUAGAACGUAGAAGCAUUUUCUGUAGCUGUACACGAUUCCAUUCAGGGCUUUGGGUUGCGUUUUCUGGUUUAGUGCUAAUGUUGUAAUACAUCUGCUACGUUUAUUCUGAUCUAAAAUUGUUGCCUAGGUGACAAAGAUCUUUUUAAAGUUAAAAUCUAAGAGGUACUUGGUAUUUGUAGGCAUGGGAGAGGAGCUACUUUUUUUCUUGUUAGAAUAUUUAUUUCUCUUUCCAGUAUUUUUGCACACUUCAUGUUGCUGUUGAAGAGCUCUUCAAAAUGUUCUCCAUUUAUAAAUGUAACCUGGGGUUUACUGUAUGAUACCCUAUUUAUAUGAAUACAGGCAAUAAAACGUUUGCUUUAUGGAAAUGAGGGUUUGUAAGUGUCAAGGAUAUGUUUUUAUUCCUCUUAGGAAGAACAUUUAGUAAAUUUUCCUGAUAUUUCCAUGUCCAGAUGAACACAACUAUUAACAUUGUCUCAUUUUCUUACGUAAAGAAAACUCAUUUGUAAUGUUUUCAACUUGACUAUACCUGUUUGUGUCAAAUUCUGUCAUUUCAUUAAACUAGGUGCUUACUUUGAUACUUGGCAUGUCUUUGAAAUGUUCUGGAUUAUCAGUGUGUCCACAUUCUAGCACAGUAUAACUGUCAGUUUUGGCUGUUGUAAUUGGGCUCUCAGACAAGUAAUUCCACUAUUUACAAAGUAAAUGGUGUAUGUUUUUUAAUUAUUAGAUCUUUUUUUUUUUCCUGGUUUUGCUUUUACAUUAAUAAAGCUGUGAUUUUGGGGGUGAUCCGUUGUCUUCUAA